GUGAAGCUCGCUCCACUUGGCUUUGUUACUGCCUGUUCUGGACUAUUGGGGCGGGGUCUCUCGCUCCUCCGCCCUUCCUGUUGUCUCAUUCGAAUUCUUUUCCACCGGAACAGCUCUCUGUCAAAUGAAUCCUGUUUCAUCUAGAGUUUGAGCCCUAGAUGUCUUGGGGGUGGGGGUCUUGGCCAGUCACAGUUAAGGAAAAGCUACUUGAGAGACGGAAAACGCCAGACGGAGACAGCGAGGGAGGGGGAAGAAACGGAUGCGAAGGAGAGAAAGCCAGCAGGCUGGAGGGGUUGGGAGGACAACCUAGCCCACUUGAGGAUGCAGAAAACCUGGCUUUUGUCUUGGCAUCUGUUUCUAAUCGUGCGACGCUUCCCGGGUUCCCUACCGCAGCUUCAGAACCCCCCACCAGUAUGCGGGACAGUGAAAAUGCGUGGGUCUGCGUUACAUGGGUGAGGGGUGGCACUCAGGGCAGCCAGGAGCACGCGGCGUUGAGCUGACUCUUGGGGGCCGCGCCCAAGAACCUCUUCCUUAGGGGGCAUCUGCCCAUUGAUGUAUUGACAGACAGAAAUCCUAGCCUCUUUAUCAGGAUUCCGGCUUGUGGGAGCCGGGAAGAGCAGGGGGUGGCCAGAAAGAUCCUGGUUCGGGGUCUGGGGCCUGGGCUGGGGGCACACUAGGAAGGAAAGCCUGGAUGUGGGCGGUGCGGAGGAUCUCCCCUGACUCUGGUCUCUCCAGGGAGAGCGUAAAGGCAACAGAGCGGCUCAAGUACAACUGGACCCUGCCUGGAGAAUGUUAAUUGUCCUUAUUGCAUCCCGCAUAUCCCUAAGGGCCAAAAGCCACCUGGCUUUGCAUUUUUUUGUCCUCCUCUGCCUGUCCUCUGUCGGGCAUGGAGACGAUAGGUAAGGAGACUUUGAGAUCGCUGGACACCUAAGGAAUGUCAGUUCCCAGUGGACCCCUCUCCUUGCGCUCUGUGGUUGAGAUGGAAUCCAGCCUCCCCGCCAUUGCUAACAGAGUAGCAGGAACUCUUUGUUUAAUGGGCUCGAAAGCCCUCUUUUUUCACCUCAGGCUAUUCUCAAAGUUCCGUGUGCCUAGCACUUUUCCUGGGUGAUAGGCACCGGAGCGCUCCGCCGCACCACAGAAUGAGCCAAACUAGCUAACUUUAGGGGCAUCUAUUAUUCAUGUUCCUAGCAGAUUCUCUCCAGCCCAAAAUAGAAGCUGGAGGUUCUCUGUGACCUACAUCUGCGCGGGGAAGGGCUCCCCUGGGCUGGGCGGCUUGGAUGGGGGUGGCUGGUGCCAGAGUUGGCCUCCUGCAUUGUACCUACCCAUCCAUUCCGCUCUGGGUCUCCCCGUCUCGGCUCCUACCAUCUCUUAGGAUAUUCCUCCGUGCGAUCUAAAUGCUACUCGGGGAAGCACGGGACGCCAGACCAGAAGAGGAGGCUUACGACCGGGACGGAAACCCGCUUCAGGACUUCUACGACUGGGACCCUCCGGGCGUAGCGAGCCCCGCCUCCGCGCUGCGUGACGCCUACGCCCUCUACUAUCCAGCCGACAGGAGAGAUGUCGCCCAUGAAAUCCUUAACGAAGCCUACCGCGAAGUCUUGGACCAGCUGUCCGCCAGGAAGUACCUGCAGUCGGUCGUGGCCAGGGGCGUGGGCGAGAACCUAGGCGGCGGCCCAGCGGAUGACCCGGCGCCCCUUACCAAACGCCACUCGGACGGCAUCUUCACCGAUAGCUACAGCCGCUACCGAAAACAGAUGGCCGUCAAGAAAUACUUGGCGGCCGUGCUAGGGAAAAGGUAUAAACAGAGGGUUAAAAACAAAGGACGCCGAAUAGCGUACUUGUAGCGAUGAGUUGCCAGCUACGGUGUGUAUAAAAUGAAAAAAAAAAUCGUUUUCCAAAUUGACUGAUCAGUCAUUGCUCAUGUGUUCUUUCCAAACAUGUAUUUAUGUAUGAAGUAAAGCCAUUAAAUGACUAUUUUGAUAAUGAUAUUGUUUUUCUUUUUACGAAGCACUAGAGAAUGCACAGAUAUACUUUGUGGACCAAUUAUUGAUAUAUAUUAUAAAUAUAUAUAUUAAGAAUAUAUAUAUAUAAGUAUAACAGAGAGCAAUUCAUAAGCGUGCACAAGGAUUGGAAAUUCGCCUGAGCUGUUUAUGUUUUUAUAUAAAAUGAAUAGAAAAAAAAUAGACAAUCAUGGUUUUGAAUAUUACUCCUAUUUUUGUAAACUGGAAUUAAAGGAUAGUAUUUUUAUCCACAACAGGCCUGAAGAUACCAAUAAUGGCCAUUUGCUACUGUACAAAAAACAAUGAUGCCCUGCUCCAGGGGAAUUCUGAGGUAAUGACUGGGGGAGUAGCUGAAGGGCUUUCUUUCCCUGUGAGUCUCUGGGGCAGGCUGCUUGAAGCCCAGCCUAACUAAUUCAAGCGGGCAUUGUCCCACUGGCUGCGGGCAAUUGCAACACUUUCGCUUUCUUUGAUUCUACUUUUUUUUUGUGUAUUUGUCUCUCCUCAGACUCUCAGCCCAGAAGGAAAUUCUAAUUAAACAACAGCUCGAUCCAAAUUGUGCUUCUCCCUAGAAUUCACGGUCAUUCCUUGGGAGAAGAGUUGAGGAAUUGUACAGAGGAGACCGGCUUGGAGAGAAAGCUCUCUUUUCUGUACUUUCUGAUUCUCCAGGGAACCCACUAUCCCAAAGCUAGGGCAAUUGGAACAAAGUAAAAGGAACAGAGGCGGAUAGGAAGAGGCAGAGCGUGGGGUGGCAGAGGAGGACCCUGCAGAGGGACUGGUUUUAGAACUACCCCAGGUCUGAGAAUCUGGGGGUAAGUCCAGUCCCUUUGCAGGUUCCACUGCCUGACAGAUUGGGUGCUGGGUAUUGGAAAUGAGUGCAAAGUACAAUGUGUUUUUCUCCAGUGCUGUCCAUUGCUUCUCAUUUUGUGAAAUGGCCAGGAUCCUCCCCUUUGAACCCUACUCUGUAGAAGCCACCCCUGUUCUUUGUGGUUUUUCUGGAGAACCCUUCUUUCUACCCCUACCCUCCUGCAUUGUUUAAAAAUCGUUUGCCAUUUUUUUUUACUCACUUAUCUUAAAUUUGUGAAUGCUACUCAUUUUUUGUUGUUGUUUGAUGCAAGCAGUUACUGUGAAGUUUAGGAACCCCUGUGUAGCUACCCGAAGUAAUUAUGCACUAAAUAUGAACCUUUCCUUUCUUGUUUAUUGAGUUUGUAGGUAAGAUGUAUUUUUCUACAUUAUGGCUUAUUGCUUAGUAAAAUUUGUUUCAUAAAACCAAUCUUUGUCAUAUUAGAAUGUGCAGUGUUCCAAUAUUGCUCAGUUUGACUAACUGAUAAAUCAUUUAAACCCCAUUUUCAUAUGUAUGAGUACUAUCUUAUAUCUCUGGUCAAGAGUGGGGUAAGCAGGGUCCCACACCCCAACCUUGUAUCCUGUCUUGGCUAAAGAAAGCAUGUCUGUUUCUUGUCACUUUCUUGAACAUAUAUGGAGUAACCUUUAUAAACAAAAGAACCUGCACCCAGCAACCAGAUCAAGCAGCAACAAACCAGCAAGUCUCCCAAAUUUUAGGCACAAAUUUUCCAAAAAAAAAAAAA